UAUGAAGAAAAUGGUUUCAUCAAUAGUUCUGAGAAAACAACGUCGUAAUGGGAGACGCGCGGGGACUUCCUCCACGCACUGAAUCCAGGAGCAGUUGGAUACGAACUAUACUUGUAGUGUCGUGCAGAAAUGGCUGGUAAAGCUCCCUUUAUUCCUCUGCUUACACCUUACAAGAUGGGCAAUUUCAAUCUAUCCCAUAGACAGAGAUGCUACAACUAUGUUCCUCAGCCUCAUGUUAUCUUAUUUUACUCUCAACGAACUACUAAGGGGGGUCUUCUGAUUGCUGAAGCUACUGGUGUUUCCGACACUGCUCAAGGGUAUGAGCAUACACCAGGCAUAUGGACAAGAGAGCAGGUGGAAGCAUGGAAACCCAUUGUGCAUGCUGUUCAUUCCAAAGGUGGUAUAUUCUUUUGUCAGAUUUGGCACGUUGGAAGGGUUUCAAAUACAGGUUACCAGCCAAAUGGACAGGCCCCAAUAUCUAGUACAGACAAGCGAAUGACUGACCAUGCACGAUUUACGCCAACCAGAAGGUUGAGAACAGAUGAAAUUCCUCAAAUUGUCAAUGAUUUCCGGGUAGCAGCCAGAAAUGCUAUGGAAGCUGGAUUUGAUGGUGUUGAGAUCCAUGGUGCCUAUGGUUACCUUCUUGACCAAUUUAUGAAAGAUCAAGUCAAUGACCGAACAGAUGAAUAUGGUGGGUCACUAGAGAACCGUUGCCGGGUUCCUUUAGAAGUUGUUAAAGCAGUUGCUGAUGAGAUAGGACCAGAGCGAGUGGGAAUUAGACUGUCACCUUUUACAGAUUCUGAGGAAUGUGUGGACUCCAAUCCGAAAGAACUUGCCUUAUAUAUGGCAACUUCACUAAACAAAUAUGGCAUUCUAUACUUGUACAUCGUAGACCCAAAACGGAAGACGGAUAAAGAAAAAGCUGAAUGCCCUGAUGGUCUUGUGCGCAUAAGAAAGGCCUUUAAUGGCACUUCCAUUACUGCUGGAGGAUAUAAACGUGAAGAUGGCAACAGGGCAAUUGCCGAGAACAGAGCAGAUCUUGUGGCAUAUGGCCGAUGGUUUUUGGCAAAUCCAGAUUUGCCAAAGAGAUUUGAGAUUGACGCUCCUCUCAAUAAGUAUCACAAAGAGACGUUUUACACUUCUGAUCCAGUUAUUGGUUACACUGAUUACCCAUUUCUUGAAGAUAGUUCUUAAUAUAUUGGUUAUAUUUAAACAGCUUGACCACAGUUAGACCAUUAAUACUUGAAUAAAUGUCUUAACCAGUUUGAUCGAUUUGGUUUCUAAUA